CGCAGCAAAGCUCUGCCGCCCGAGUUUAGGCCUCACGGUCUUGGAAUCCCUCGCAAAACCCCCGUUUUUCAAUCAACGACGACAGCAACGCAAUUGACCGUUCGAUCGCAGCAACCCGGCCGAUCGAGCUCGCACCCACGACUGCUGCACCUCCUCGCCCAUUGAACCCGGUCGCCCGCUCGCCCAAGAUGAGCUACGUCACUCGCCGGGCGCUCUCAACGCUCAUCCCGCCCAAGGUCGCUUCUCCGAGCGCCAUCGGCGCUGCCCCCGACGCCCUGCGCAUGCAGCGCGUCGUAAAGUUCUACGAGAAGCUGCCCCGGGGCCCCGCCCCUGAGGUCAAGCCUACGGGCAUCCUUGGAAAGUACCAGCACAAGCACUUCGGGAAGAACCCGUCUGCGAAGCCCAUCAUCCAUGCCAUCGUUUUCCUGGUCGGCAUUGGUUAUGCGCAGAACUACUACUUCCACCUGCGCCACCACAAGAACAACCCUCACUAAGCUUGUUCCAAGCCUUGGUGAAUUUGUAGCCAAGGUUGCCAUUUGUACAUAACAUGGAUAUGAGAGCGAGGUGAAGGCAUCUAGCAUAAGCUGGUACUCUGGUCUAUACCAGACUUGCCUUUGUCCCUAGAGGAGACCGGGUUCCCGUGCGAAUGAACUGUGAGCAGUAUUCCGAGCACAUGCCACUGGUUCAUCUGUGCCUGUGAUAUUACUACCAGCCCGGGCGAUAUAUUGCGGUUGCUAUAAGCUACGGCCGGCUUGUUUGCAUGCUCAUCAUAUGCUGUGCUCUGCUGUGCUGUUCUCAUGUAAACGGGUGUUGCGGUGGGCAUUGUACCCAUGCUGAGACAGGCUUUGAUCGGGAAAACAGAAAAUGCAACUUGGGUUGUUUGCCCUCGCUUUCGGGGACCUGGAGCAUGUUGCCUGUGCGAAACUGUGCGUACACAUCUCACGUUUCUGGAACCUGUUGCGUGCAGCUUGCUGUUACGUCCUCGGCCCUACCCCACCAGGAUAUGCUAGAUUGAACAGAAGCCUCGUUAUGGCCAUAUGGUGUUAUG